AUGGUGAAGCUGGGCCUCGUUCAGCCAACCGUCGUCCCCCGUCCCCGUGAGCGACGGGCCGGCUCCGCCAGUGGCUCGAGCGGGGCGGGCGCGAGGGAGCGGGCCAGCCAAUGCCCUGCGCCGGAGGAGCCGCGGAGCGCCGAGGGAGCCAAUGGGAGCGCGAGCCCCGAGGAGCUGGAAGCCAUUAAAGCCCGUGUGCGAGAGAUGGAGGAGGAAGCGGAGAAGCUGAAAGAAUUGCAGAAUGAAGUUGAGAAGCAAAUGAACAUGAGCCCUCCCCCAGGCAAUGCUGGCCCAGUCAUAAUGUCUAUAGAAGAAAAGAUGGAAGCAGGAACCGAUGCCAGGUCCGUAUACGUAGGCAAGGUGGAUUACGGAGCAACGGCGGAAGAGCUGGAAGCCCACUUCCACGGUUGCGGCUCUGUCAAUCGCGUGACCAUCCUCUGUGACAAGUACACUGGUCACCCCAAAGGGUUUGCUUACAUUGAGUUUUCGGACAAGGAGUCAGUGCGGACGUCCUUAGCGCUAGAUGAGUCUCUCUUCCGGGGAAGACAGAUAAAGGUGAUACCCAAACGGACCAACCGCCCCGGCAUCAGCACCACAGACCGGGGAUUCCCCCGGACCCGGUACCGAGGGAGAGGAUCCGGCUACAGCAGCUCCCGGGCCCGUUUCUACAGUGGCUUCAGUAGCAGGCCACCCCGAGGGCUACAGUUCUGUCAGAGCCAUGGCAGUGGGGUGGAGGGUGGGGGGACCUGGCACUGA